AUGCUAUCUUCACGGCGCACUGAACGACAAAUCUUGAAGGUUAUGGGUUCUAGAGUCGAAAUUCUUAACGAUGGAGGAUACCGUUCAGACGGUCGGCGGCAAUACGAGUUGCGCGACAUCACCAUCGACCUCUCGCAGCAGGGUACCGCAGACGGAUCUGCUCUCAUGACACACGGCCUCACCCAAGUCCUGGCGACCGUCUUUGGUCCCAGAGAGGCACGCGUUCGGUCCCAGACACUUCACGACAGGGCAGUCAUUAACGUAGAGGUCAACGUUUCCCCCUUCAGCACAGGCGAGCGUCGCCGAAGGGGUCGCGCAGACAGGCGUGUGCUCGAGCUCGCCGCGACGAUCAAGUCUACAUUUGAGCCAGUCGUCCAGACAAAUCUUUAUCCGCGCUCCCAGAUUGAUAUUUUCCUUCAUGUCCUGCAGCAAGAUGGCGGUCUUCUGCACGCAUGCAUCAACGCAACCACUCUUGCGCUCGUUACGGCUGGCAUUCCUCUGCUUGAUUUCGUGUGCGCCGUCAGUGGAGGUGUACACUCGACGUCUCCGAUGCUGGACUUGACCACACUUGAGGAGAACGACCUCCCGAACUUGACGGUGGCUAUAAUGCCCAAGACCAAAAAAGUGACCCUAGUGACUCUUGAUACUCGGCUACACGUCGACCGAUUCGCAGAGAUCUUCGAACUGGCAUGCGUUGCGGGACAGAUAAUUCACAAAGAAAUGAAGCAUGCUGUGAAAGAGAGGACUAGCGCAUUAGCUACAAGCCUAGGAUCAGGAGGGAAACCAGGUGGCGGCGAGAGGGUCGAACAGGACACGGAUAUGAACUACGUAAAUGACAUAUAA